UUUUGCUUACAAGCCAAAAUAGGCCCACUAGCUUCUAUACUCUAUGUUCCUUCGGAUCCAUCCUACAUACCCAUUUUACAAGAGUACAUCAAAAACAGCCGUUUCAACACCACCACCACCCCCAAACCUAAAUUCAUCGUUGCCCCCCACACAACGCCCCAUGUUCAAGCCAUCAUCGUCUGUGCCAAGGCCAACAACCUCCAGAUCAAAAUCAGGAGUGGUGGCCAUGACUAUGAAGGAGUGUCUUACACCUCCAUAGAACCCAAUUUUAUCAUCCUUGAUAUGAUCAACUUUAGAAACAUAUCAGUGGAUGUUGGGUCUCGAAUAGCCUAUGCACAAGCUGGGGCCCAAAUAGGUGAGCUUUAUUAUAGCAUUUGGAAAGCUAGCAAAGUUCUUGGUUUUCCAGGAGGGGUGUGCCCCACGCUGGGUAUCGGUGGGCACAUUAGUGGGGGCGGAUAUGGUGCCAUGUUGCGGAAAUUUGGGUUGUCAGUUGAUAAUGUGGUGGAUGCUGAGUUGGUUGAUGUGGACGGGAGGCUUUUGAAUCGAACAAGUAUGGGAGAGGAUCUUUUUUGGGCUAUUCGAGGUGGGGGCGGCGGUAGUUUUGGAGUUAUUUUAUCGUAUACUGUUAAGUUAGUUGAUGUCCCAGAAAUAGUGACCAUUUUUCGCAUUGAAAAGAUUCUGGAAGAAAACGCAACAGAUUUGGUUAACCAUUGGCAAUAUGUUGACCCAAUUAUUGAUAAUCGUCUUUUCAUUAGGUUACUUGUUCAACCAAUAAUAAGGAAACCAUAUGGUAAGACGAUUAGGGCUAGCUUUGUAGCCUUGUUUCUUGGAAAUGCUCAAGAACUUUUAGGUGUUACAAAUGACGAAUUUCCUGAAUUGGGUUUGAAGAAAACUGAUAUACGUGAAAUGAGUUGGAUCGAGUCUGUGCUUUAUUGGGCUAAUUUCGACAACAAGACCAAACCUGAAAUCCUUCUCAAUAGACACUCAGAUACGGUGGGUUUCGGAAAAAGAAAAUCAGACUACUUUCAAACUCCAGUUCCAAAAACGGGGUUGGAUUCGAUAUUCAAAAAGAUGAUGUCGUUGGGUAAAGUUGGGUUCGUUUGGAACCCGUAUGGCGGAGUUAUGUCCCAAAUCCCUGCCUCAGCAACCCCUUUUCCUCAUAGGGCUGGAUUCUUGUGGAAAAUGCAAUACUCAAUAAACUGGAAAGAUGGAGGAGCCGAAAGUGAAAAAGAUUAUUUGAAUCAGAUACGAAGUCUAUAUGAUUUCAUGGCACCAUACGCAUCAAAUUCCCCUAGAAGCACAUUUCUCAACUAUCGAGAUCUUGACAUUGGUAUCAAUCACAAUGGUGCAAAUAGUUAUGCAGAGGGCAAGGUCUAUGGCGAAAAAUACUUUUUGGGUAAUUUCGACAGGCUCGUGAAAAUCAAGACUGUAGUUGAUCCACAAAAUUUCUUUCGUAACGAGCAAAGCAUACCGAUCUUCAAAUCAGGAUGAGUAGCACCAUAUUUUAUUUCUAAAAAGUAAAAAUUACUAUUACCUUAAAUGUACUGAUUU